GCGGUAGCACUGGACGGACUUGAUUCUUUCCCUGACAGGGGGCGGGGUCUGAGGCAGCUGCUGAACAUGGAAGGUUUCCUGCAGAAGUGGACCAAUUACCUGUCAGGCUGGCAACCGCGUUACUUUGUGUUGGACAGAGGUAUCUUGUCUUACUACGACUCACAGGAAGAUGUUGGCAAAGCAAGCAAAGGCAGCAUAAAAAUGGCGGUGUGCGAGAUACAAGUGCAUCACUCUGAUAGCUGUCGGAUGGACCUUAUCAUUCCGAGGGAACAAUGCUUCUACCUGCGGGCAGAGAGUGUUGCUGAAAGGCAGAGGUGGCUUGUGGCCCUGGGGUCUGCCAAAGCUUGUCUAGGGGACAGUACAGCUCAAAAAACAAAAGAAAUACUCUCCAACAAAGAAACUCUAGGCCGGAAAUUAUCAGAGAUGAGACUGUUCUGCGAUCUUCUCAUGCAACAGGUGAUAGAAAUCCAAUCAACAGUGAGUCCAGGAGCUGCUCCUGACAUAGAGAAACUGAAUGCUGCCUGCAGUGUGAUGCACGGGACCUGCACUUACGUCUGUUCUACACUAGAUGAGUGUAUAAAGUUUGUGAACACCAAUCCUCACCCGCAGAGCCAGGUUCCCCCGUUACCAGUCCUGCCAGAAGACAUUGUUGGAACCAAACUCCCACAGACUCGAAAGGUGAAGCGCUCACUCAGUCAUUCCUCAGUUCAGACACCCCAGAGCGUCCCCCAGUCUCCACGACGAAGUGAUGGAGUUACUGUUCUCUGGAACCUGGAGGAGAUGGCAGUCCGGUCACGGACGCCAUCCAUCAAUAAUACAUCCAUCAAAGAUAGUCCCGUGCCUGCCAACCACGUGGCUGACCAGAAAGCCACGCCAUGAGGCCAAAAGAAAUACCAGCUUCCUCUAAGUAUUUUUCCCAGAGAGGUCAUUAUAGAUCAACAUGUGCAAUGUUUACAUCCAGUCCUAUUAUGCCUGCCUUUUUUUAAUGUUAUUAUAUGUUAUGGCAUCCUACCUUCAUUUUUCUGCCUGUAUUUGAUUAUCAGGUGUUAUCCUCCUGUAUUUUGUAAUCGUACAAUCAUUAUUGCCAAAAGAAUGUUUAAUAUAAGCAUUUUUGGAAUAUAAAAUAAAAGUAUACUUUUGUAUAUUUUUUACA